AUGGAUUUCUUUGGGCAGGGCAAGUCAUGGCCUGCCAAGGACCCCGCCCCCUUCCCUGCUGCUGCUUCAGCCCGUCUUGGUGCUUCUGCUUCUGCUGCAGCAGAGGAAGAGGAGGCGUUGCUGCGAGGGGCAGAGGAGGGGAGAGGGGGGCAAAGGGAGUCAACAGAGUCAAGCAAGUCAACAACGGCGGCUGUAGCGGACUGGGGGUUUGGGCCCAGGCCGGAGCCAUGGGCGCGGGAUUUGGUGUAUGGGUCGGACAUGUGGUGCGAGCAGGUUGCAGCCUUCAUCUCCCAGGUCAUCCAGGAGCCGGUGUUCAUAGCAGGCAACUCCCUGGGCGGCUACAUAGGCGCGUAUCUCGCCGCCUCGCACCCGCACCUGUGCCGCGGGCUCAUCCUGCUCAACGCCACGCCCUUCUGGGCCUUUUCUCCCAACCCCCAUGCUCCCGCGCGCUCUCUGCUUGCGCGCCUCUACCCCUUCUCCUGGCGCGGCACGCUUCCUGUUCCGACACUCCCGCGGCUCGUAGCACGGCGAUGGUGGGACAGUCUACGCCAUCCCACCACGCUGCGCUCGCUGCUCACUCUCGUCUACACCGAUGCAGCACGGCUCACCCCCGCGCUCAUAGACUGCAUAGCCCAGCCCACGCAGCACCCCGCCUCUGCUGCUGCCUUCGCGUCCAUCCUCUUUGCGCCCAAGGCGCGCCUCUCCUUCGACGAGAAUCUCACCACCAUAACCUCUCGCGCCCUGCCGGUGUGCAUUAUCCACGGCCGGGACGACCCCUGGGUGGGGCCCAUGUGGGCGGCCAGAGCAGCCAGAGCUCUCCCACAUGCCGCCUUCUUUGAACUCUCCCCUGCCGGCCACUGCCCCCACCACGAGAGACCACAGGUGGUUAACUACCUCAUCUCCUCCUGGGUCUCACACGUUCACUCCAACUUCUCCAACCCCCUGCCCCUCUCUCCUGUGCCGCACUUCACACACUCCCUCUCCGACUCCCCCUCUCCCCCUUCACUUGCUUCCUCCUCCUCAUCCCCCCCCUCGCAACCCUCCGCUGAUCGUCCCUGGUCGUUCCCUUCCCUAUUGGGGGAGGGGGAGUGGGAGGAGGGUGUGUGGAUAGACGGAGUGGGAUUACGCACCUCAUCAGCAGAGAAGCAAGGCAAUGUGACUGUAAAGAGCGCAGGAGGUCCUUGCGCCGGUCGGAGCACAGCACAUCGCAGUGCGAGGCGCUUUGAAACCAUGGCGCGGAAUUCACUCGCGACGGUCUUCGUAGGAAAUCUCGACCAGCAAGUGGAAGAUCGGAUCUUAUACGAUUUGAUGCAGCAGGCGGGCCCUCUGGUGGAUCUACACGUUCCACGGGAUAAGGCGUCAGGUCAGCACCGAGGGUACGGAUUCGCGGAAUAUGAGACGGAGGAGAGCGCGCAGUACGCCGUGAAGCUCUUUUCAGGGCUCGUCAGGCUCUUUAAUCGCCAGCUGAGGUUCCAGAUAUCCAACUCCGGAGCAAAACCUGCAGCAGCAACAGAAGAUCCUGCUGCCACAGGCAAUGGCACGAGCCGCUACAUCACCAUGUUAGGGGAGAUCCUUACCGUUCAGCCUCUGGAGCUGAAGUUCACAUUUGAGCUGAAGAAGCAGGUGUCGACUUCCUUGCGGCUAGUCAAUGUCACUUCUGAAUAUGUCGCCUUCAAGGUUAAGACAACGUCACCGAAGAAGUACUGUGUGAGGCCCAACACGGGCCUAAUUCCACCUCAGAGUAGCGCGGAGGUUGUGGUGACCAUGCAAGCGCAGAAGGAGAUGCCAGCGGAUAUGCAGUGCAAGGACAAGUUUCUCGUGCAGAGCGUACUCGUGCCGGGCGGAGCUCCCAAGGAAGCCAGCGCCGAUUUCUUCAACAAGGAGAACGGGCGCGAGGUGCACGAGGUGAAGCUGCGCGUGCUGUACGUCGCGCCCCCGCAGCCGCCGUCGCCUGUGGCGGAAACCGCGGAGGAAGGCGGAACGCCCAGCUCGUUCCCCCCCACGGCCAAGGCGGUCGCUCCCACUGACCCGGGUUCCAAGGACGUCACGGAGCUCAAGGCUAAACUCACUGAGGCGAAAGCAGCGCUGACAAAGAUGACGGACGAUAGAAAUGCAGCAGUGAGAGAACUGCAACGACUCAAGGAGCAAGCGAGCAAGGCAGGGAGCAAGGCACCAGUGCAACGGCCAAAGGGAUGGUCCUUCACAGCGCUACUGCUGGCGGCACUGAUCUUCUUCAUUGUGGGGUUCCUGGGGGGCAAAGGCUAUCUCACCUCCUCUCCUGCUGCUGCUUCCUCCACUGAGCUUUAA